UUUUUGCUUUUUCCUCAUAUAAUACAUGUAAUCAUAAGCUGAUAAGAAAUAGAUUCACACUUUGUUCAACAAAAUAGAAGUCCCUUUGUAUAGAGGUGCUCUGUUCCACCGGCGACGAUCAAGGCAAAUCCAAACCUUCAAUUUUCUCUCUUCGAGAUUUUCUCUCUUUUAGUUUGGGCAAGUUUUGUAAUAAAUGCGAGGUUAUUUCAUCUUCUUCAGUAGAGUUUUCGAUCGGAUCUGACGGCAAACGAGGUUUUUCUCGCAGAAGUUUGAGCCAUGAUUCAUUUUGUUCUGUUAAUAAGCCGACAAGGAAAAGUCAGGUUGACAAAAUGGUAUUCACCUUAUACCCAGAAAGAAAGAAGUAAGGUAAUACGAGAGCUGAGUGGGAUGAUUCUCACACGUGGUCCCAAGCUUUGCAACUUUGUUGAGUGGAGAGGAUUUAAAGUCGUUUAUAAACGAUAUGCCAGUCUCUACUUCUGUAUGUGCAUCAACCAGGAAGACAAUGAAUUGGAAGUCCUUGAAAUUAUUCAUCAUUAUGUUGAGAUUCUAGAUCGCUAUUUCGGAAGUGUUUGUGAGCUGGACCUGAUCUUUAAUUUUCACAAGGCUUAUUAUAUAUUGGAUGAGGUGCUAAUAGCAGGAGAGCUUCAGGAAUCGAGCAAGAAGACGGUGGCCCGUCUAGUGGCAGCACAGGAUUCUUUGGUGGAGGCUGCUAAAGAAGAAGCAAAUUCUAUAAGCAAUAUAAUUGCACAGGCAACCAAAUAAGCUUCUACUUGCCCUUACCUCUAUCAUAUUGAUAUAUUCACAUCUCAUUUUUACUAUCUUUUUUUCUGUUGUUUUUUCCCUUUUGUUUGUGUGGAAAUCUUUUUUUUUAAUUGUUAGAAUUUUGAAAUUUGAAAAGUCAACUGAUAUUAAUCAAAUGUAUGGAUGUGUGUAUUUGUUCA